AUGGCCGGAGCUAAAGAUUCGGUUUGUGACGAUGAUCGUAACCACCGCCGGAAUUCUGGCCAAUCGGUGGAUUCCUCCGUUGAUGACGGUGGUUGUGUCCCUGGAAAACGCGGGAACGAGGAUUCUCCAUCUCUUGUUGAAGUCUCGUGCUCGAUUUGUCUCGAAUUGGUGGUCGAUGAUGGUACCAGAUCCAAGGCUAAGCUCCAAUGUGGCCACGAAUUUCAUCUCGAUUGCAUUGGAUCAGCUUUUAACAUGAAGGGAGCCAUGCAAUGCCCUAACUGCCGGAAUGUGGAAAAGGGACAGUGGUUGUUUGCAAAUGGGUCUACUCGGCUGUAUCCAGAGUUUGUCAUGGAAGAUUGGAUCCCCGAAGAAGAUUUGUACGGUUUAAGUUAUCCGGAAAUGCAAUAUCGGGUCCAUUGGUGCCCAUUUGGUGAACUCCCUCAAGCAGGUUCUUUUGAUGAAGUGGAUACUGCAACCACUACAUAUCAUAAUGAGUUCCAUGGACACCACGCCGCUGCUGCGAAUCAUUCAUAUCUUGCAUACGUUGGACCGGGCCCAGUCACUACCCCGAGAUCUAGCGAUAACAACAACAUAGAAGAUCAUCCCUGGAGCAGCCACUCUAGUGAUCACUUUCACCAGCUUGCUGUUGCUCCCCAGUAUCAUCAUCAUCAUUCCCCACCGUUUUCUCUACCCGGCGCUCAUGUGGUUGAUGGUGAAAUUGACAAUUCAGCAGUACGAGGCAUAUCUUAUCCGCCUCCGUUUCUCUUCAGUCACCGGUCUAAUCCAAGAACACCACCAGCAAUUCAUGUUCACCAAGGAAGCAGCACCCAAGUGCGUGAACACGUUCACACGCAGCAUCAUGUAUUUAAUCAUCAGAGGCAACAUCAUGCCAAUGGUCCCAAUCUCGCAUCACCUCUCGUCCCCGUGACAAGAAGGGGAUUACCACCACCGCCACCAAUGCCAGAUCAGAAUGGCGGAUUCUUCAUUUAUCCACCACCGAGCUCGUCAGGUGGACACCGAGAACCAGAAACCGAUCAGUUUCAUGCAUGGGAGAGAGAUUGGUUUCCACAGUUUCCUGUCCCGUCUAACCAUCGCACGAUCUCUAGCUUCUGGCACAGACACUUCUGA